AUGCUCCGGGAGGGCGGCCAUUCAAACCAGAGCGACGUAGAAGAGCAGAAAAUGGCCGCGCCCGGAGCGACGCAACAAGAAGCUUCGGCAUCACCGCGACCGAGUGACGAGGCCGCUCCGCCUUCUCUCUCCCUCUCUUUCUGCGCAGCCGACCUGCCUCGCGUCGCCGACUCCGGCUUGGAACUGCGCGACGUUCCCGCCGUUGCCGUGACUGUGGCGCCGGCACCGCCCGUGGCUUCGGUUCCCGGCGGCGCCUCCUCGGUGUCUGUGGUUUUCCCCGGCUUCGUGACCCGCGAGGGCUGCUUUCGUUUCACCUCCGAGUUCAUGAAGCACGUCUUGUACCAGAGGCAGCAGCUGCCUUUGCCUUACGAGCAGCUCGCCUGCUACUCCCGGAGGCAGUUUCCGAAAUCCCCCGGCCAGGAUGAAGAUGUGGUCAAAAAAAUCAAUCCAAAAGAUCAAGACAACAGCAACAAGAGGUGUCAGCAAGUACUGAGUGAACUUGAAGGAAUGUUUCAGCACUUAGAAAACAUGUUCAGUUUGACAUUGGUCCCACGAGUUCUUAUUCUGCUUGGGGGCACUGCUGUCAGUCCCAAAGAACUCUAUGAGAUCAAUCUGCAAGGUAUCUCCAUGAGCAGUGCUGAUGAGAGUCUGCAGACAGGAGCCUGUAUUCGCAAGCUUUUCCGUUCGCUCUUCCUGGCAGAUGUAUUCAGCGAGCUUCAAGCCGUUCCCACUAUGAGUGUCGUCGUUAUGGUUCAAGGGCACCGCAACUGUGGUGUUAACUGGUUCAGACCGAAACUAAACUACAAAGUGCCAGCCCGAGGGAGGAAGUUGACAGUCAGCUUAUCGUGCAGUCACAGCAAGAAUACAGUCCUUUCUGCCAAUCAGGAGAUGAACUUUACCUUGGAUGAUUACAUAUGGUUUCAAGCUCCAGUGACAGUGAAAGGGUUUCGUUACUCUUGACAAUGUUUUUAAAAGAGAAUGCUUAACUUCCUGUCUCCAUAUUGCUUUGUAAUAAAUCUGAUCAGCUGCAGCCACAAGUUCCCCUCAUUUGAACCUUUUUGCCAGACCCCUUAGAAAUCUGUGAUGCGCAGAUGAGCACUAUCAUAUUCUCCAGAGUUAACUUCCUUUCAAAAUGAUGGCGCUUAGAAGCAGAUCCACCUUGGAUUAUAGGAAGGGCCUUUGGGAAAUUGAUUCAAAAGGGAAAAGAGAUUGCUUUAAGGCCUACGAAACCUAUUACAUGGUACUUGAAAUAGUUAUACCAGUGGGGGAACUUCCUACAUAAUAUUAUAUUAUGGACUAUGUUUACAGGUAGAUAAUUACAAUGUUCAUGAAUUGCUUUGGAUUCUGUGAUUGUUCAAGAAUCUGGCAAAAGCCAUAUAACACGCUGCUUUUUCCUGUGUAAUAAAUGUUACCGUCUAAGGAGCUAUUGUAAGGGUUGUGGCCAUAAUUAAGAGGAGCACAAAUCCCCUCAACACUGGAGCCCUAAUAACUUUUAAAGUUUGCAUCCCUACAGGAUUAUUAGAGUGGGAAAAGUUGGUUUAGAAAUACUUAUCUGGUGCUGCGCAGGUGCUUUGAACUACAACUCCCACCAUCCCUGACCAUUGAUCAUGCUGGCUUCAGGUCCUGAGAGUUACAGGGCAUGUGGAGGGCACUAGGGAAGGCUGCUUGUGGAUAAUGAUUUGUCUGAGAAAUUACAAAUUGGGGUGAAAACACUUUCUAAAUUGUGGAAUGUAUAAUAAUGGAAGCCUUUUUGGCUGAAGUGUAGGAUACAAAUGUUAUCUCUCAUAUUGAAAAGCUCAUUUUGCUUUCCUAACAGUUUGCGUACAUGAGUACUCUGAUCAAGCCUUCUCCUGUGUUUGUCUCUGUUAGUCAAAACUAGAAGCUAACAUUGUAAAGGUG